CAAUAUAUUACACUCGAUGGCGGAUCAGAAGUGGCGCUACCCCAUAGUGGACGUGUGGGCAAACCCGCCGGGACUCGGCGCCGCCAUUCCGGAAGUCGCCAGGCUCUUUGAAUACAGCCACUCCACUCCCGAGAUCGCGGACAAAUGGCGCUCGCCAGAAGAUGUGAUUGCGUACAUGGACGAGGCCGGCAUCUCCCACAUGUGCAUGUCCGCAUGGAGCCGUCCGGGCAAAUUCGUUUUCUCCAACGAGCACGUCGCCCAGUAUACUCGUGCCUAUCCUGACCGCAUCUUCGGACUGGCGGCCGUGGACCUGCAUGAUCCCGUCAAAGCCGUGCAGACGCUAGAUCAUUACGUGAAGAAAGAAGGCUUCGUGGGUUUGCGUGUCGUUCCCUGGCUGUGGAACUUGCCACCAAGCGAUGCGCACUACUGGCCUCUGUACGUCAAAUGCAUCGAGCUUGAUAUUCCCUUCCUCACUCAAGUUGGCCACACCGCGCCCGCAUGCCCUUCUGAAGUUGGACGACCCAUUCCACACAUUGACUGGAUCGCGCUCAAGUUCCCUGAUCUCAAGAUCAUCAUGGGCCACAUAGGUGCGCCGUGGGCGCAGGAGACCGCGCUGGUGGCGUGGAAGCAUAAGAAUUGCUACAUUGAUACCAGUGCCUGGUCGCCAAAGUACUAUGACAAGGAAUUCAUCAAGUUUGCCAACACCACGGGCAGAGACAAGGUCAUGUUUGGCACCAACUGGCCACAGCUCGGUUUCAAGGCCUGUGUUGACCGAGUGAACGAGUAUCUCGUUGGAACCAAGGAUGGAUUCAGAGAUGGUGUCGUGGAGCCCUUCAUGGGCAGGAAUGCGUUGAGGGUGUUGAAGUUGCCCGAAAAUAGGACAAUGCAACAAAAGUCUAGACUUUGA